UGUGGAUGUCAUGGAAUUUCAUCAAAAAUUUCAAAUAUCCUUUUCAAAUAUCCUCACUCCAAGUUCCCAUUUGUUUUCACAGCUUUUCAACCAAAAAUGUGCUUAACCAUUAUGUAGUUCUAAACCUUUUCAUAGCCAUCAUAAAUCGACUCAAAGAAUAAAAAGUUCUCGACACUAAAGUAAUAAAUGGCAAACUGACAAAAUAUCCCAGUUUUCCGAUUUAAAAUGAGACAAUAAAUUAAUCCAAUAAAUAAAUUCUAUGUCACAUUUUUUGGAAUAUGUUUUAGGCCAAGACAGCACGUAAAUAGCAGAAGUGGCAAAUGUCAUCGAGUGAGGCCAAAUGCUUUAAGCGAGUGACGCACUGCAUAUUUGACAAUGAUGGCACCAUCAUGGAAUGUGCUGACGCCCUAUGGCAAGAAAUACACGUUUGAAUUGAAAAAGCAGCAAAUGGGACUAUCGGCUGCUGUGGCUAGUGCGAAUAUGGUAAGGAUAUUGAACUUGCCCAUAACGCCGCAGGAGUAUUUGGCAAAGUUUCGUGCCGAGCUGCAUGCCUUGAUAACGGACGUCAAGUUGUUGCCCGGUGUUAAGGAUCUGCUGCUGCAUCUGUUCGAGCACCGUGUGCCAAUGGCAAUGGCAACUGCGACCUAUCGCGACACUUUCAACAUAAAGGCUCUACCGCACUGCCAACUGUUACCCGUCUUUCGCCACAUCGUCUGCGGAGAUGAUCCAGAGCUGAAGGCCUGCAAGCCGAGUCCGGAUAUCUUUCUGCUGGCAGCGGCGCGCUUCAAGCCAGCACCGUUGCCCGAAUGCUGUCUCGUAUUCGAGGACUCGGCGCAGGGCAAAGAUGCCGGCGUAGCAGCGGGCAUGCAGGUGGUACUGAUACCAGAUGCACGUCUGCCGAUCGCUGAUACAAAAGGUGCCACACUGGUGCUUAGAUCCAUGGCCGACUUCCAGCCUGAACUAUUCGGUCUGCCCGCCUUUGAUAAUGUCGAGAAGUUUACGUUCGGCUAGCGCUUGGCCCUUUUUUCUAAAUUUUUUAAGAAUUUUAUUUUAGCUCCCAAAAGCCUCUUAGUUUUAAUUUUAAACGAUAAAUUUUCGGUAAUUCUAAAUGCGAUUUCUUUUACUUAACCGAGAUAAUGUCUGUGACUCUUGCUAUC